GUCAUCACGGCCUUAACAACGAACUCGGCGAUGAUGAUGAGGCCGGGCAACAAUGGCGGUGGAGCUCAGCGCAUACAGAUUUCCCACGGAAUCUCUCCUCCAACCGCUGACAGCAUGAAUCCAAUGCAAAGUGGUGGCUUGCGUCUUUCACAGGGACGACUUUGUGAUGGGAAAAAGGGCGGUCUUGGACAGGUCUUUGAUGCACAGUGA